AGAAACACUUUGCUGUCUGCGCAGUAAGUCACUGCGCAUGUUCACCACAACACAGCAUGAGCAUAGCAUGCUAUUGCUCAUUUGAUCUUCUUCACUAUUAACUGAAUUUCAGUAAACUUUGAUCUAAAAUGCCACCAAAGGGAAAAGGUGGUAAGGGUGGUAAAGGAGCAGCUUCAGGAAGUGCAGGGGAAGCUGACAAGAAAGAUAAAGCACCAAAGGGAGGAACUGCUGUGAAGGUUCGACACAUCCUCUGUGAAAAACAUGGAAAAUGCAUGGAGGCAAUGGAGAAACUGAAGGCUGGAGUCCGUUUCAGUGAAGUAGCAUCACAAUACAGUGAAGACAAAGCGAGACAAGGAGGUGAUCUGGGGUGGAUGACGCGAGGAUCAAUGGUUGGACCUUUCCAGGAAGCAGCAUUCGCCCAACCUGUCAGUUCCAUGGAUAAACCAGUCUACACAGACCCUCCUAUCAAGACAAAGUUUGGGUACCACAUCAUUAUGGUAGAGGGGAAAAAGUGACAUGGGACGGCUCAGCGCUUGAAAUUCAGACACAAAUUCUACAGUGUGCUAUAUUGUGAAAUUGGUUUUCCUGAUCUUACCGUUACAAUACGUUGCAAUAUUUGCUUUGUAUUUUACAGAGUGUUUAAGAAUAAGAAAAUUAAGUGAUCCUUGGGUGUCAGCUUUUGACUUUGUCAAAUGUACACUACCUUAUUCCCUCAUUCAACCUGAGGGAAUAUUCUUACUAUCUUAACUUUUACAUUCACAUAAUUUACUGGAUUUUUUUUCAGUUUGAUAAAGUUGAUGGAAAUCAAGCCACAAAUGGUCAAAUAAAUGCAUUUUCACUCAAGUAGUA